CCCGCCGCCAGCACAGCGCCCCUGCUGGAAGGGGGUGGUGGGGCGCAGGCAGGGGGAGGUGGGGAGGUGAAAGGGCGCAUGGCGGUGGCGGAUGAGGAGGAGGAGGGGGAGCAUGGGGGACGGAGGAAGCGGCAGCGGAUGGAGGGCGGGGAUGAUGGGGCGGUGUCAUGGAGUGACAGAGGAGGGCGGAGGGGCGGGGCGAUGGGGCAGGAGGAUGGUAGAGUGGGUGGCGGGCAGGGGGAGAGCGUGCGUGCAGCCUUGGCGCUCGGGCUAGGUGGGGAUGCGGAUGGAUGGGGGGCGCGGAUGGGGGAGGGGGAGCAGAUGGGUGCAGGGCGAGCGAGGGACGCAUUGGGGAUGGAGGCAGUGGUGGCGGGUGAUGUGGCGGUGGCGGGUGCACGCCCACACCACAUGGCCCUCACUGCCAUGCACCCCCACACCUGCAUGCUGCCUUGCUCCGCCGCCCCUCACAUUGCUGCUGACGGCAGUGCCAUUGAAGGGGGACAUGGCGGCGCGCAGCAGGGCACUGCAGUGGGGGUGGCAGGUGAUAGCGUGGCAGUGCAUGCAGGCGCACAUGGCGAGGCCCAGAAAAAGGUGCUCCCUGGAGCAGCGGUAAGGGGCGAGGCCUUGCGGCAACAGAGAGUAGCACGGUGGCAAGGCAACGGGGGUUCGGCGCAGGCGCUGCAAGGGGUGGCAGGCAGCGAGAUGCACAGCUGGGUGCUGCACAACAGGGUCGAUGGGGAGGAGGAUGCGAGAGGCGAGGCUGGGCAUGUGCAUGGGGAGGAUGGGGCGGGGUGGGAAGAGGAGGAUGAGGAGGAUGCGAUUGGAAAAGAGGAUAUGGAAGAGGGCUGGACGGAUGGGGGAGGAGAGGCAAAGGCGGUGGGUGCAGGAGCAGCGGCAGCAAGCGGGGCAGUGGACGGGUACAGCUGGCAUAAGUACGAGCAGAAGGAGGUGCGUGGGGGGGGAGGAAUGCGCAGCUACUACGGAUGCACAGUGCACGGGUGCCCUGCCAAGAAGCGCGUGGCGCUGGCAGUGCAUGGCCACACCGCACACUGCCAGUACCACGGGCACCACAGCCAUGCGCCUCCACUGCCCCCUGCGGCCCCUGUCUACACGCCUGCUGCCGCUGGCAGCGCUGGCAGCGUGGGCUUGGGUGGGGAGUCGAGCAGUGCGAGUGGCGUGCAAAGGGAGGGGAACUCCGCUCAUGGCUUUGCUGGCUACGCGGACAGAGGCGCAGCGGCGGAAGGUGUGGGGCAGGGCAGAGGCGAGGAGGAGAGGAGAGGAGAGGAGAUUGAGAUAGGGAAAGAGGCGAGUGCGUGGGAGAAGGAGGGAAGGGUGGGGCAGAGCGAGGAUGCAUCACGGUCGAGGAGCAGCUUUGAGGGUGGCGAGGCCGACGCAGGUGUGGGGAGGAGGGCGGAGGGCGAGGCGACCAGCAAGGAGCAGCGCAAGAGGUAUGCCAGGCAAGCACUGCCACGCUGCUGCCUUCCCUUCCUGCUGCUUAUCUCUCACGGUGUAAUAGCCAUUCACUGCUCGCUUCAUCUGCGUGUGGAGCAGCCCUCCUAUGGAUGUGGCUCAGCCGCGUGCUUGAAUGUGGGGCAGAUGAUGUGUCACAGAGGGAGUGGUAAUAAAGGGCGCCCCAGUCACUGCCAAGUCUGGCAGGAGGUGCCGUUGGUGCAGCAGCAGGUGAUGGCAGCCAGGCUCACACCCUUGCCAUGCAUGGCGCUGUACCCAGUUGACCUCACGCUGCAUGCGCUGCGCUGUGUCUCCGCCCCUCGCAUGCUGUCCCACCAUUUUCUAUGCUCACUGGCCCCACCAGCGAUUCCUCUCCCCCCUGCGCCUCACAGGCGUCCGGAGCCGUUUUGUGGGCAGCGUGUGCAGCGCGGGCCCAAGGUGGUGGUGCGCGCUGUGAGCACGGUGGAGCUGCUGGACGACGGGUACCGCUGGCGCAAGUACGGCCAGAAACUUGUGCACGGCCGCCGCUUCCCCAGAAAGCACGUGGAGCGGUGUGAGGACGACCCCAGGGAGGUGGUCACCACGUACGAGGGCAAGCACAGCCAUGCCGUGCCCACCGCGCGCUCCACCUGUGUCUUCAUGGCCCUUGACGGGCCCGGCGUGUUCUCUCUCUCAUCCGCGGGAGGGGAAGGGGAUAUUUCUGGACCAAGUAGUGAAAAGGGGGGGACAAAUGUCCGUCCCGUCGCUCACGUGAUCUCCUCUCGCCUCCCUUACCCACGCGAUCAUUUCUCCUUCCCCAUAGCCCUCCUGUUCGGCCGUCCAGUCACCCGCCCAUUCUGCCGUCCCGUCGUCCUCCCGUUCCGUUCCGUCGUCGUCGCCCUUCUGUGGCCCAUACCGUCGCCCCUCCCGUUCAUCCACCCCGUCGCCCAUCCCGUAGCGCAUCCUCUCUCCCAUCCCGUCGUUCCCCUCGUCGCCCUCGCCAACGCCCCGAAACUCCCUCCCGUCGCGCAUCCUCUCUCCCAUCCCGUCGCUCCCCUCGUCGCCCUCGCCAACGCCCCGAAACUCCCUCCCGUCGCGCAUCCUCUCUCCCAUCCCGUCGCUCCCCUUGUCGCCCUCGCCAACGCCCCGAAACUCCCUCCCGUCGCCCUUCCUCUCUCCCAUCCCGUCGCUCCCCUCGUCGCCCUCGCCAACGCCCCGAAACUCCCUCCCCUCGCCCUUCCUCUCUCUCCGUCACCCUUGCUCUCUCUCCGUCGCCCUUGCUCUCUCUCCGUCGCCCUUGCUCUCUCUCCGUUGCCCUUGCUCUCUCUCCGUAGCCCUUUCUCUCUCCCGUCGCCCGUUCUCUCUCCCGUUGCCCUUUCUCUCUCCCGUUGCCCGUUCUCUCUCCCGUUGCCCUUUCUCUCUCCCGUUGCCCGUUCUCUCUCCCGUUGCCCUUGCUCUCUCCCGUUUCCUAUCCUCUCUCCCCUCCUCUCACGUUGCCCUCGAUGCAGUCGUCGCCUUUCCUCUCUCCCCUCCCAUCGCUCACCUCGGCGCUUUCGCGUUCGCCCCGAAAUGCCUGCAAGUCGCCCUUCGUUUCUCCCCUCCCAUCUCCCAACACCCUACCAUUCCGCAAUUUUCGCUCAAUCAGCGCUCUCCGUGCGCUCUCGUUUCCUUCUACCUAUUCCUUUUUAUCUCUAA